CUUAGGAAUUGUGGCUUCACUUGAUCACAGCCUACAGUUUGGAAGAAUCUGUACUUUACUUUUCCGAUUCCCUAAUCCCUACCACUGGUCGUGGUCGACUCACUCGAUUGGUGGAGAGUGGUAGGUCCAAGUGUCCAACUAUAGCUCACAUGCCAGAAGGGUUUUGAACUUCCCCCCAAAAUACAUAUCCGCCAUGGAAACUCCACCACAACCCCGAAAGAGAGGCCGACCCAAGGGUUCAACCAAAAAGGUCAAGGAGGACAAACAACGCGAUUCGAAGCCUUCAGAUGCAGCCGCUGCCUCCACCUCCAAGAUUCGCAGGGGGGCCGGUACUGGCAUUAAGGUCGCCGGCACCUCUGAUGAGAAGUAUGGCCAGUGGAAGUCACUGGUUCCGGUUCUUUAUGACUGGUUCGCUAAUCAUAAUCUCGUCUGGCCUUCACUCUCUUGCCGGUGGGGUCCUGUGGUUGAGCAGCACAGUCACAAAAUUCUCCAGCGGCUUUACCUAUCUGAACAGACAGAUCAAUCAGCACCAAACACACUGGUUAUAGCUAACUGUGAGGUUGUUCGAGCAAGAAUUGCAACUGGAAGUCACAUGAAAAAUUUCAAUGCGGAAUCACACUCGCCAUAUGUCAAAAAGUACAAAACAAUUAUUCACCCAGGAGAGGUGAACAGGAUCAGAGAGCUUCCUCAGAAUAAAAACAUAGUGGCUACCCAUACUGAUAGUCCCGAGGUUUUAAUAUGGGAUGUUGAAGCCCAACCUCAUAGGCAAGAUGUUCCUGGAGCUGCUGUUUCUGUUCCAGAUUUGAAAUUAACUGGACAUCAAGAUAAUGCUGAAUUUGCUCUGGGAAUGUGCCCCCUUGAGCCCUUUGUGCUAUCUGGAGGAAAAGAUAAAUGUGUAGUACUGUGGAGCAUUCAGGAUCAUAUAUCUACAUUGGCUACAGACAGACAUAAGGCUGAAGGGUCAGCUGGUUCAUCUAUUAAAGCUGUUGACAAUCCUUCAAUUGGAGCCCGUGGAAUCUUUAAAGGGCAUGAUGAUACUGUUGAAGAUGUUCAGUUCUGUCCUUCAAGUUCUCAGGAGUUCUGUAGUGUUGGGGAUGAUUCCUGCCUAAUAUUAUGGGAUGCGCGGGCCAGUUCUACUCCAGUCAUAAAGGUUGAAAAAGCUCGUAAUGCAGAUCUUCAUUGUGUUGAUUGGAAUCCCCAUGAUGACAAUCUUAUAUUAACUGGAUCUGCAGAUGCUUCCGUCUGCUUGUUUGAUAGGCGUAGUUUAACUUCAAACGGAGUGGGUUCACCAAUUCAUAUAUUUGAAAAUCACACAUCAGCAAUUCUUUGUGUGCAGUGGUCUCCAGACAAGUCAUCUGUUUUUGGGAGUUCUGCAGAGGACGGUCGACUGAAUAUAUGGGAUUAUGCGAAGGUUGGUGAGGAUACUCAGGCGCCUGCUGGAUUAUUUUUUCAGCAUGCCGGACACAGGGAUAAAGUUGUAGACUUUCAGUGGAAUGCAUCUGAUCCAUGGACAAUUGUUAGUGUAUCUGGUGACAGUGAGUCCUCAGUUAGAGGAGGCGGCACACUUCAGAUAUGGCGAAUGCUUGAUUUGCUUUAUCGGCCUCGAGAGGAGGCAUUGGCUGAGCUUCAAAAGUUCAAAGACCAUAUUUCCCAGUGUACUACUCCCAAGCCACCAGCCUGAGAUACGAUUGGUGUGUGAGAUAGUCUACUUUCUCAUAACAGGUUGACUUGCGCAUCUCAGCCAACCUCUUACCUCCGUAUUUUGAUUAGAGAGUUUCUCAUAACAGGUUUGAGGUUCAUGCGAUGCUCUUGCUAGAGAAAACGUUUGGUAGUUAAUGGAAACUUAAAAGGAUUGAUAAGUACUUGCUAAUGUCGCAAACAAGUCCAUUUUUCGGUGUUUACAAUUCGGGAAUAUUGAAGUUAUACCAUACAUGCACAAAAGCUUAGACAAUGUAGAGGUGUAUAUGAUUCGAAUCUGUCCUAAUCUUUAGUAUUCGUAGGAUUGAAUUGAAUAUAAUAAUUUGGGCAUAUCUGAUCAACUUUUGUGCUUGGCACCGAUUUGAAUUGAUUCUGGGUUUGGCUCAAGAUCACCAAAUCGUAUUGCAUAUUAUAUUUCCUACAAUCAUACCUUUGCAAAUUACUUCUGAAAAGUUACCUGUG